UGGGCGUUUGCUGGGCGAAGAUCCGCUGAAUGGGCGUGGCCGCCAGAGCGAGGCUGGGUCAUGUGAUCACACCUCACAGACGAGACAGUGGUUGGUGUUGAGAAGCCGCCGAAUUAGGGCAAUGGACUUUCUACUGGGAAAUCCGUUCGGGACUACGGUCGGCCAGCGGAUAGAGAAGGCGACAGAUGGGUCCCUACGUUCUGAAGACUGGGCCCUAAACAUGGAGAUCUGUGAUGUAAUCAAUGAGACUGAUGAAGGUCCAAAAGAUGCCAUUAGAGCCCUAAAGAAGAGGAUUGUUGGAAAUAAAAACUUUCAAGAAGUAAUUCUGGCCUUGACGGUUCUGGAGACAUGUGUGAAGAAUUGUGGGCACAGAUUCCAUGUUCUAGUAGCCAGCCAAGAAUUUGUGGAACAAGUGCUGGUGAAAACCAUCCUUCCCAAGAACAACCCACCCACCAUAGUGCACGAUAAAGUGCUCAAUUUAAUACAGGCCUGGGCAGAUGCAUUCCGAAGCUCACCGGACCUGACUGGGGUGGUUACUGUGUACGAGGAUCUGAGAAGAAAAGGACUAGAGUUUCCAAUGACUGAUCUAGAUACACUAUCUCCUAUCCACACACCUCAGCCGAGUUUCUCCAGACCAGAUCCUGUCCCCCGGCCAGACUUCCCACCUUCUAACUCUGUUCAUAGAGCAGGUUCCGAGAGAGGUUCUGCACCUCCACCAUACGUUGUUCCAGCUGCAAUUCCUGGAGAUUCACCUAUUAUACCUACACCUGAGCAGGUGGCAAAGCUGCGCAGUGAGUUGGAGGUGGUGAAUGGGAACGUGAGGGUCAUGUCAGAAAUGCUAACAGAGAUAUCGCCUCAAAAAUCCACACAGGCUGAUGUGGAACUGCUACAGGAGUUGAACCGGACAUGCCGAGCCAUGCAGCACAGAGUCCUGGAGCUCAUCCCCAGAGUUACCCAUGAACAACUGGUUGAAGAACUUCUUAUAGUGAAUGACAACCUAAACAAUGUUUUUCUUCGACAUGAGAGGUUUGAGAGGAUGUUUGCUGGUCAGCCAGUAGGAAGUGCAGCGGAGACACUGGUAUCUGGGGACAGAACCUCUCUCAUUGACCUUGAAGCUCAACCCUCCACAAUUCAGGCUCGUCCUUCAACCCUGCCCGCUCAACAGGCGUCAGCCCUGCCCGCUCAACAGGCGUCAGCCCUGCCCGCUCAACAGGCGUCAGCCCUGCCCGCUCAACAGGCGUCAACCCUGCCCGCUCAACAGGCGUCAACCCUGCCCGCUCAACAGGUUUCAAGCCUCUCUGCACAAUUAGCUGGAAUAAAUAUGGCCUCAGGCUCUGUAAGUGGAACACUACAAACACUGGAAAGCUCCAAAAAAACAAAUGAUGAUUUUGACAUGUUUGCCCUCACACGAGGAAGCUCGCUUGCUGAGCAGCGUAAGAGUGUAAAAUAUGAGGAACCUCAGGCUACCGAUGGACUUGCAGGCGCUCUGGAUACUCGGCAGCAGAACACUGGAGCAAUCCCUGCCCCUCAAAGCAACUUCAUGGAAGACAUUGAGAAGUGGCUUUCUGUUGAUACGGGCGAUGAAGUAGAAGGGGAGGAUGGUGUAACCAGCGAAGAAUUUGAUAAAUUUCUUGAAGAGCGAGCGAAAGCUGCAGAUCGAAUUCCAACGCUGCCAUCCCCACCCACUGAAAUGCCCAGGGCAGCCCCCAGUACAGUUCGGGACAAGAAAGAUCAAGCGGAAGAUGCUCUGUUUACCUUGUAAGGCCUUCACGAAUAGGUGAAGUAUCCGGAACACAGGGGUUGAACCUCUCCAAUUCAGGACACACACACAACUCCUUGAGUUUGUAAGCAGGGGAUUGUUUUCCUACAUCAAGACCAGCUUUCUUUGUGGUACGAGUCUUCACAAACCUGGAGAGCACUUUUUACUCUAGGUCCCGGGACAGGGGAUAUUAUCUCAAUAUUGAUUGGAUUGUUUUUCCUUCCCUGUUCGCUACCUACUCAUGACAAUUCCUUCCAUACAAAUGUGGAGAAGAAUUUUGUCCCACCUCGCGUACCAUCAAUGCUCAUCUUCUUAGACGGAUUCUGAUUUCCAGCGUGAGCUUACAGCCUCUUACUGUCAGAAUGUAUUACCUGUAACACAGAUCUUUUGCCAUUAGUGAAUUUUUUUUCAGAAAUCUAUAUUAGCGGUUUAUCUUCAACAAAAGUAUUUGUGUGCUUUUGGCAUCUGAAAAUAUUUCUUUGUAGUCAGUAGGAGGAGUUUAUCAUGUGUUAACGCCUAGCCCCAAAUCCCCGCAUUUGUACGAGUCUAGCUAUUACCUAAGGUGCCUUUUUUAAUAUUGUUCUAUAAUCAUAACCAGGUAUGGAAAUUCUAUAUCACAGAACAAGGGUUAAUAAUAUACCUUAUUUUGGUACAGCAUUAUUGCACACUAUUUCUUAACCAGUGCUGCUUUUGGGUUUGACGUUUCUUGAACUUGGGGUGUUUUUUUUUUUGUUAAUGCUUGACCUGUAAAACUAUACAGCGUUCUUGCUCUAGGUUUUCCUCUCCUUUCCAAGUUUUAACAUUUUAAUCCUCGUAUUCUGAUGAGGAUCAUGCGUCAGGAAGAAGGUUACAUGCCUCUGAAAAGUGUACACUUUAUUGUUCAGAAAAUAAAAAAAAAUAUUAUAGCCGCCUAGAAUUCUGCUUAAAUGUCCAGUAUUGCAGCCAGUUAUUCCCUUUUUCAUAUUUCAUUAAUUAAUGCUAAAAUUAACUUAGUUUCAGAUUACACUACACCAAGGGACCGAUUUACCGAAAAUUCAGGGUGGAUUAGGGGGGAGCCACUGAAUAAUGAAGUUAUUCUAUAAGUAUUUUCAUAUAUAUUCUUUUACCCUACAAAAAUGAAUAGUGCUUAGACCACGUAGCUCUGCCUACUCUGAGGUAAGGUUUUGCAUCACUGAGGCAGGAAAAUACUAAAAUCAAUACGCGAAGGGUCUCGUAAGACCCCUGCAGCAUCCCUGAGCCAAUGCUAGAGCUGACGAGUGAAAAAAUAUAUCACACGGGAGGAGAUGGUUUUGGCCGAGCACGUGGCUGGCAAAUGGCUAGAGGGUUGGGAAAAGGGCAACUGUAUAUGAGGGGGGAUUCUGGAAAGAAUUCACGGGGGCUUUCAGCUAUCAUAUAUUCGUUAAAGUGCAUAUGAUGGGUGUUAUGGCCCCUUGAUCUAAGAUAAAUAAUUAACAUUUUAUCUGCUCUAAAAGGCUUCUAAUCGCGAAUAUGGAUUCUGGUGUCUGUUUCUUGAUUCUAAAACUAUAUGUAGAUCUUUUAAAUGGAUGCAAGAUCUCAGUUAUGUUAUAAUUGCUUACUCUAAUUUGGGUUAUUUAGCCUGGUUGCAGUAGCUCAGAAGUUGAUAUACACUUAAGUCAACACAACGGUCAAAAUGUGCUACAACAGAAUUGCAAAAUUCUAUGUCCAUGAUCUGCGCAAGCUGCAGAAAAAUAAAAAAUACUACAAAUAAUGAAGCAGAGUUGCAUAUGUCAAGAUUGUAUAUGUAUCUAUCUUUGUAAAUCUUCCUUCCCAAUGCAGUUUAGCGUCAUGUUUCUAUUGUGUUUACUCUUGGGCAAAGCACAUGCCUACGCCACUAACUUAAAUGGGAGCUGAAAGAAAUAGCGAGCCAUGACAUUUUGUGUACCAGCUUUGUGCAGUAAACUGUGGGCAGAGAUAUGUAACCUUAAUGAAAAAAUAAGAACAUUUUAAUAGUUUUAAACAGAAUGGUCCUCUAAAAAGUUUGUUUGCAUUUUAAUAUAAGCCUUAACAUUGGUUACACUGAAAUACUCUAUCCCAACUCAGUCCCCUGUCUAUUUUCUGUGCAUUGACAUGGGUCCUUAUUUGCAACCAUUGUUAAGCAUUUUUGCAGCGUUGUCUUGUUUGUAGCAGCUGCACGGUGCAUUUCAUGCAAAAAUAAACUGAUAAGUACAACUGCGUGGAAUAA